CUCCCUCACUUCCUUUUCGUCCCUUCCGUCGCCACUCGCUCCGCUUCCGGCGGUGCUGGGCGGGGAGCUGCGGGGCCGCCGCUGCCAUGUCCGCUGCGGGAGGCGCUCCCGGGCCCGGCUGCGGUGCCGCCUCUCGGCUUUGAAGACUGCUGAGGAACACAAGAUUUGAAUCAUUUAAGCAUUAGAAUAGUAAUACCCAUGGAGGAGCCACAAGACUUACCUGAACAACCAGUGAAAAAAGCCAAGAUGCAGGAAUCCAGAGAACAAAGCUUGAGUCAUGUGAGCAACGCAGAAGUCAGUGAUCAGAAACCUGAAUCUACAAGCCUGGGUUCAAACCUUUCCAUGUCCAGUGAGAUUAUGACAUGCACUGAUUAUAUCCCAAGGUCAUCAAAUGAUUAUACCUCACAAAUGUAUUCUGCAAAGCCAUAUGCACAUAUCCUUUCUGUACCUGUAUCGGAAACAAUGAGCCCUUACCCUGGCCAGACUCAGUACCAAGCACUGCAGCAGUCUCAGCCCUACACCAUCUACCCCCAGACCACCCAAACCUAUGGACUACCUCCUUUUGGUGCACUGUGGCCAGGUAUGAAACCUGAAAGUGGUUUAAUUCAGACUCCAUCUACAAGUCAGCACAGUGUUCUUACCUGCACUACAGGGUUAACCACAAGCCAGCCCAGCCCAGCACAUUAUUCUUAUUCCAUUGAAGCAUCAACUACCAAUGCUAGUCCAGUCUCUACAUCCUCAACCGUUGUCAAUAUUUCCACGUCAGCAGUAGCCAGCAUCUCACAGGAAUAUCCUACCUACACAAUCCUUGGCCAGAGUCAGUACCAGAGCUGUUACCCCACUCCUGGCUUUGGAGUCAUAGCACCAGCAGACAGCAGCACAGAGAGCACUGCAAUUGCAGCAUCCACCUACCCACCAGAGAAACCAAACCCCACGGUGCCUACACGGACAGUGCAGAGACAUUCCUCAGGAGAUGCAUCCACAAGUCCAUCAUUAUCAAGACCAACAGCAAGUAAAGAGCUAGACGAGCAGGCAAGAAAAAACAUGCCUGGGAAGAACAGGGGUAAGAGGAAAGCAGAUACCUCCUCCUCCCAGGACAGUGAACUGGAGCGAGUGUUUCUCUGGGACCUGGAUGAGACCAUCAUAAUCUUCCAUUCACUUCUCACAGGGUCUUAUGCUCAAAAAUAUGGCAAGGACCCAACACUAGUGAUUGGCUCAGGUCUGUCAAUGGAGGAGAUGAUUUUUGAAGUAGCUGAUACUCACUUGUUUUUCAAUGACUUGGAGGAAUGUGACCAGGUACACAUAGAAGAUGUGGCAUCUGAUGACAAUGGCCAAGAUUUAAGCAACUACAAUUUCUUCACGGAUGGCUUCAAUGGGUCUGGCACUAAUGCAAACCACAGCUCCUCAGCUGGUGUCCAGGGGGGAGUGGACUGGAUGAGAAAGCUGGCGUUCCGGUACCGCCGGGUACGAGAGACCUAUGACAAAUACAAAACUAAUGUUGGAGGCCUCCUCAGCCCACAGAAGAGGGAGGAGCUGCAGCGACUGAGGACUGAUAUAGAAGUGCUAACAGAUUCCUGGCUGGAAACUGCAUUGAAAUCCCUGCUACUCAUACAGUCCAGAAAAAACUGUGUGAACAUCCUGAUCACAACCACUCAACUGGUGCCAGCUCUUGCCAAAGUUCUCCUGUAUGGAUUGGGCGAGGUGUUCCCCAUUGAAAAUAUUUAUAGUGCUACCAAAAUAGGUAAAGAGAGCUGUUUUGAGAGGAUCGUGGCACGAUUUGGGAAGAAAGUCACCUAUGUGGUGAUUGGAGAUGGGCGUGAUGAAGAGGUUGCAGCUAAGCAGCACAACAUGCCUUUCUGGAGGAUCACAAAUCAUGCAGACCUCGUGUCCCUUCACCAAGCCCUUGAGUUAGACUUCCUGUAAGAAGCUGAAGCAGAGGUGGUGUGACUGCAGCCUCCUGCAAGCCCUCUCCAUUGCUGGGGCAGCAGAAAUCUCAGACUUUUGGGGACUCACUUUUCAGCUUGAUGAAGAAAACAUGCCUAAUGCAAACUGUACAGUAGAACAUGGCUCCAGGUCAUUUCCUCAGGAGCACAGGCCCUGCCAGCUACAAAGGUGUCCUAUAAAGGAGCAUCAGACUCAGCAGAGCUGGAGCUUGUCUGAAGAAACUUGCAGGCACCAGCUGAAUUCCUCUAGCAGGCAGUCUCCAAAGGGAGGGGGUGAUACAACAGCAGAAGUGGUUGUAAGAGCUUUCUCCUUUCUAUUCAGCUUAGUUGUAGAAUCUAAGUAAACACAAAUCCUUAUUUUUGUAGAAAAAUACUGGCAAAGCUGGACCUCCCUUGUCUCUCAAAGCCAAAAAGUUAUGUUGGGUUUUUUUCAUAGGAAAUAUUAAUGAAAGUGUCAAAAAUACCUCUAUUGCUGUGAAAUGUGUCCUCUCCCCUUCCCUGGGUGUUCAAAGCAGUUAAUUUAUUACAGUUUCCUUGUAUUAUUUCCUCAACGUGAGAUUGGUGGAAAAUAGAGAGAUGGAAAUAUUUCUGGGAUAUAUGGUUCUGUGGAAAGUGUUGGUGUUCUGAAUUGAUCCCAGUGGAUUGUAGUCAAUGUGUGCAGAAGCCCUGUUAACAGUAGGAGAUCCAUGGAUUCCAGCUAUCCACAGAUCCCACAGAUUUUACCUGUCAAGGAAAACAGAACUUUAGAUAGAGCACAGUGCCACUGCAGACUGCUCAGAUGAGAACAGGGUCCCCAUCUGGACUAGGAAUAACUUGAGAGAACUAAAAGCUCAUGAAUGUUACAUAAAAGGUAUGGUUAUCAACCUUCACCUCUGAUUUUGGGACUCCAUUUGUGACAGUAAAUUCCUUUUAGUAGAAUCAGAGUAAAUUUUCUUGUAUUCUUCUUUGCAUUAGCCUGUCUGCAUAGUUUGAACCAAAACCCUUGUUAAGAGGGGCUUCAUUUUCUAAGGCACUGUGACUUGGCUGUGUGGACACACUGGCCUUGGGGGUGAUGGUUAUACUGGUGUGAAUGGUACCAUCUCAGCAAGGAAGGGUGGAAUCAGUGACCUGCAGUACCAUCAGCCAGCAGGGCACUAGGUUUGUGGCAGGUCAGGCUGUGCUCAGUGGGAUCUGCCUGCUCCCUGUGCCCCAGUGACACCAGAUCAGCAGCUGCCUGGUGCUUCCUGCACAGAGGAUGGGAAUCUGCUGUGCCCCACCAUGGGGAGCUGCACCCAGGGUCACCCUGCUGGGAUCCACAGGGUCUGAAAGCAAGCUGCUUCAGGGAGGAUGCUGACCCACACGGGCUGUGCCUGCAGAAUGUGUUUGCUGCUUUCCUUUCGUGGCAUUAAUUACUGAGGAAUAAUUUCCAUCAGUGCUGGGGAGCUGCUGGGCCAGCUUAGCACGUGCUCUGCUGUACCCUGAGAGUGUCAGUUCCUAGGCCACCAUGGAGGAGGUGCCUAGAACCAAGGGCUUUGGAUCCCCAGAGCUAAGGAACUGAACACAGAGCACUCUGUUUCACGUGUUCCUAGCUACAGUUUUGGCUUUAAAAAAAAAACAACAAACAAAAAACCAAGAAGAAAAACACACCAAAAAACCCCACAACAACCCAAAACAUUAAAAUCAGAGGAAUUUCUUGUCCUUCAGAGGAAUUCCUCUCCCUUCAAGGUGGCCACAGAAGUCAGGAGUGGCUUGCUUUCUAUCCAGGUCCUUGGUUGGUGCUGGCCUUGUGCUCUGAUCUCAGGUGGAUGCUCUGGGUCUUUCCCCAGGAGCUCCCUGUUUGAGGAGCACCCUGGCUGUGGAGAAGCUGCUGCCUGUGAGCAACGUGGCCUCAGAUCCUCUUAGAAAAACCUGAGGAGCCCAUUGCUGCUCAGAGGAGGGGUUGUCCUUGUGCUGCACUGACAGCUGCUGUCCCAGCAGAGCCCCAGGCACAGGACAGGCUGUGCUGUGUGGUUGGAAGAGAAGCAGGAGCCCAUGGGAUGUUCUGCCCUCUGCCAUGUACACAAGGUGCAGAGCUUAGGUGCAUUACCAGGUGUUCCCACACAGCUAGGGAGGUGUCUGAUGGUGUUUCACAGCAGAGUGGGCCCCGUGCAGGGCAGGCAGAGACACUACAGAGCUACAGCUCCAUUACUGUUGGGCCCAUGAAGAGCCCAGUUUGUCUGGGGUGCCUGGAAGGGGUCAUUACUGUGUCAGCAGGAGCAGAGCUGGUAGGAAGUCACCCGUGCUGAGAAGCAGCCCCAUUCCUCUGAGCAUCUGAAAUGUUACCAGAUUAGGACAUACCUGUAGUUGCAGAAGAGUCUGUGGGGGAUCCUGAAUCUCUCUGCAGGUCCCCAGUCCAUUAAAAGCUCUCCUGUCAGUGGGCUCGGGAGAUGUCCCAGCCUGGAGCCCAUGUUGUACUCUGACUGGCUGAACUUUGGGAUUAAAAUCUGUGCCUUAACUUCCCACCAUCUGGGAUGGCUGAGCAGCCCCUUUGCUUCACUAACAUCCCAAGCACCUUGGAGGAGAGCUGAGCUGGCCCAUGGGGCAGCUGGGGUGUGUUUUGCCCAGGCCCAUGCAGGGAGUGCUGGACCCAAGGUACCAAGCAGCCUGGCAGCUGGCUGGCUUUGCUUUGUGUGUGUUUAUUUCAAAAUGUUUUAAGGAAAUGUUAAAAUGUCUGGAAAAUUUUAGCUGAAUGUGGAACUCUUGCAGCCAGUGGCAUUUCAUACUGAUAUUUAUACAAUGUCGCCUUGAAUGUGUGUAAAGUACUUUUAUAACAGGAGGUUGAUGGUACAUUUCUGUGUUUGUUUAAUAAAGGUUGACCUGGCUAUUUUAUUUUUU